AUGUCAAUUAUUGAUCAAAUUGAUUUGAGUUUAGAAAAGGCAAGCAGCCUCUAAUAAAAACGCUUUGAGGCAGAAGAAUCAAAAUAAAAAUCCCUGAAUUAUGAAAUCAAUUAACUGAGAAGUUAAUUUAAUGAGAGUUAAGAUGAUUAGGAUGAAUAGAUGACUCCUGAGAGAAGUCAUAGUUAAAAUUAUAGUUAAUCAUAAUACUCACCACUUAGAAAUGAUAUUAAAUAAUUAGAAUUAUAAAAGUAAUUACUUUAAUCAUCGGAGAGGAAGUUGUAGUAAGAAAUUGAAGAUUCAGACAAUGACGAUAAUUAGUUAUAGAUAUAUCCUAAAUACGAUAAAAAACAUAAAUAAUAAAAUCAAUAAUUAUAAUAAUAAUAAAAAUACCCUCAGCAAAAAUAAAAUAAGGAUCAAAGUAAACAGCCUAACAAAACAUAAAAAGAGAGUACUCAAAAAAUGAGAUCCAAGAAGCAUCAACUAGAAAAUACAUAAGUAAGGAAAGAUUUAUUAUAAAAAACAUAAAAAAGUGUUCCAAGAUCAACUUAAAUAAUAACCACUACAACAGAAAGAAGAAAUGAAAAAGAAAAUGGAUAUGUAAUUUAAGAAUAAAAAACAGAAUAUCAAAGGUUAUAAUAACAUAUAAAGUCUGUUAAAGCAUAAGUUUCAAAUCAAUUGGUAAAAAAUGAGAAAGUUAAACAAGAAACGCAAAAUGAUGAUUAAAAUUAAUACAAAAUUAGAGGAUAUAGAGACUAAGCUGAAAUUAAAUAUUUUGGACGCCCUCUGCCAUGUAAUGAAUGUGUAUUUUUAUUAAAUAAAGGAAUGAGUUCAGAUUAUUGUUCUUAACAUGGUAAAAUGAACAAAGAAAGACCACCAAAUAAAACAUUGCCUAAAAGAUUAGCAAAGUUUUUUUGA